AGCGUCUCUGAGGCUCAGUUUUGCUCACCUGAGUAAUGGAGCUAAAAAUAGCACGGACUUUACCGGGUGGUGGGGAGCGUCAUGCGUGUAACACGGGUCACCAGGUGGCGAGCCCAUAAUUAGGUCUGUGAAAAUAGAAGCCGUGGGUGGGCCCGCUUUCAGAAGAAAACCAUCUCUCCAGGGCCCGGCACCUCUCCGCCGCCCGCGGCCCGCCGCCCUCUCCAAUCCGCCCCUGCGGACAGCGCCGCGGCCACAACUCAUGUCCAGUUUGAGCCGCCGCGGAUCAGAGCCUGGUCACCUCACAUCUCCUGCUCCCCGAGGCGCAGAGAGGGGGAGCAAAUUGCCCACAGUCAGAAAGCCAGAGAGGCAGCUUGGAGCCGAACCCACACUCUUUGGCACAUAACAGUCAAGAGACUUUGAAGAUGCCUUGGACACAUUGCAGAGGAGGAAGCUGAGGUCUGGUGACAGGGUUUCUGCACCGCCCAGCAAGACCCGGCAUACAGCAGGUGCCCGAUAAAUGUUUAGGAUCUGAAGACCGACUGUGCGUGUGCGGCACCUUGCUGAAACACUCCCAUAUGUCAUCAUCUCAUUUGAUCCUACCAUGACCUCAACCCAGAUCCCGGCCAGAGCGGCGACGUUACCCGUUAAGUGGGCUGCCUUGGCAGGUGGUGAGCAGCCCGUCACUGGGAGAAUCCAAGCAAGGCUGCCAUGGAGGAGCAUGUCUACUCAGAGUUCCCGAACCUUCCCGAAAGGCAGCGGCGGUGCUGUGGGCAGGGGACGUGGAUGGCACUGUUGGGGCUGGUGACCAUCAUGCUAUGGGCCGGGCUGCUGACCUUGCUUCUCUUCUGGCACUGGGACGCUGUGAAGAAUCUAAAACAGCUGGAAGAAACCGCUGCCCAGAAUGUCUCUCGGGUUUCCAAGGACUUGGAAAGACAAAGAGGCGACCAGAUGGCCCAGAAAUCCCAGGCCGCCCAGGUGUCACAGCACAUGGAGAAAAUCCAAGCUGAGCAGAAGAGAAUGAAAGCUCAGGACUCUGAGCUCUCCCGGAACCUGGAUGGACUUCGUUCGGACCUGAGCAACCUCAAGUCCCAGAGCUUGAAUGAGAGAAGCGCAGCCUUGCAUUCGUUGGAAAAGCUCCAGGAGGAGGUGGUGAAGCUGUGGGUAGAGCUACAAAUGUCCAACGCCCGGAUCCCAAGAGUGACUCCAGGACAGACGCUGCCACCCACUCUGCCUAUUGUACCCACUGUGCCCUCCACGGUGUCUGCCACAGCGCCGGCCACGGUGCCCACCACAGUGCCAGCCACAGCAUCCACCACGGUGCCCACCACGGUGCCAGUCACAGUGCCCACCACGGUGCCCGCCACGGCGCCCACCACGGCGUCGGUCACAGCACCAGCCACGGUGCCGGCCACGGUGCCCACCACGGUGCCCGCCACGGUGCCCACCACCGCCGCACCCCUGAGCCUCUCCUCCACCCCAGGCUCCACGUGUAACACGUGCCCCGAGAAGUGGGUCAACUUCCAGAGGAAGUGCUACUAUUUCGGCGAGGGCCCCAAGAAGUGGAUCCAGGCCCGGUUCACCUGCAGCAAACUGCAAGGGCGGCUGGUCAGCAUCCACAGCCAGGAGGAGCAGGACUUCCUGGCCAAACGCGCCAACAGGAAGGGCACCUGGAUUGGCCUCCGGGACCUGGACAUGGAGGGGGAGUUCAUCUGGAUGGACGAGAACCCCCUGAACUACACCAACUGGCGGCUGGGGGAGCCCAACAACGGAGGCCAGGGCGAGGACUGCGUGAUGAUGCAGGGCUCCGGGCAGUGGAACGACGCCUUCUGUCACAGCCUGCUGGACGGCUGGGUGUGUGACCGGCUGGCCACUUGCUGACCGCCCCCCCCCCUUGGGGUUCACUGGGACGUCCUUGGAGACGCGGACGGCCCCCUGCCCGCCUGCCAGGUGCCCCCCCGCGCCGCCCCCCCCACAGCUCAGGCACACCAGCAGCCACGCCCCCAGCAGGGCCCCCAAGGACUCUCAACCACGGUCUGGAUGCCUCUUCUGUGGCCAAGGUCCCAGCAACAUUUUCUCCUGCCCAAGCGGAAGAAGGGCUGUUGACCCCUCCUCCCCGGCUCCUGCCAAUGCCCCCGAGGGCCUGUCCCUUGCUCCUCAGCCCAGCAGGCUGUCCCCCACGGCCCUGCCUUCAAGGGCUCAGAGCACCCACCUCGACAACUUUCCAGGGAGCCUCGGACCCCUGUGUGCCUCCUUUGUCAGGGCCCCCCGCAGUCUGCUGGAGUCAGGACCACACCCCCACCCCACCCCGGGCCCCCCCAGAUGCAGUCCCUGUGUCCUAGCACCCCAGGAGGAGGCCCCCCGCCUCAGGCAGCCAGGCUCUCCGCCCCCCGCCCAGGUCAAUAAAAUGGGGGCAAAGAUGGCCCCAGUUCAGGAGCCUCUCUGGCUCCUGUCUCUGGAUGUGGGAGGCCGGAGUUCCAGAACCUGGUGUCUGAGGCCGUCUUCGAGCAUCCAGAACGGCUCCAGUGCCAUUUGUACCUCCCCCACAUUUCCCCCUUUGCUUUAUUACAAGAAGCGUUUACUAGACAGCACUGGACAUGAAGACUCUUGGAGCUCAUGGAGCAGAGAACACCCUAGACUCCCAAAAAUACUGCAGGGCAGGGCAGGAGGGCACAAGCCCACACGUGGGAAGUGCUCAGAAUGGGCCUGGUACACAGAAGGCACUCAGUAAAUGCUAGCGGGCCCAUGGGUGGCCUGGUCACCCAGGUCCAGAGGUGUUGGUAAGACCCUGACACGGGUUUUGAAAGGCGCAGGUGGCACCAGCCUGUCAGUCCCCAAGGCCGAGGAGGGACGCGGGCCAGGACCACAGGACACCCCUUGUUAAACUCCUCGCCUACCCACCCUACCCCCACUUCCUGGCCUAGAAAAGGAAGAACCAGGGGCGCCUGGGCGGCUCAGUUGGUUAAGGGUCUGACUUCGGCUCAGGGCAUGACCUCACAGUUCGUGGGUU